CCCCGCGACGCGAGAACAGUUAAAAUUUUAGCAUUUUUACGGUGAUAAAUUCGGUGUUUCGUUGAUAAUAAUCGAAAUUAGUGAACAGCGCAAUGGGUGGUUGUCGGUGUACUUUUCGCACUUGCGAAAACAGUACCGCUAGCAAGCCGGGGAUGCACUUCUUUCACUUUCCCAUUCGCGACUGGCCCCGGUUGGAGACGUGGGCCAACUAUGCUGAAAAGCCCGAGUUUAAGGAGCUGCCAAUGGCCAAGCUAAAGAACAAGGUGGUCUGUCAGGAGCACUUUCACAGCCGAAUGUUCAUGAAUUAUCUCCGUGAGAGCCUAACCAAAUCGGCAGUGCCGACGCUGGAACCACUCAACGAUGGUCAGGUGCUGGAUCUAGAGACAAACGAGAUUGGCCUGCGUGAGGAAUGGAUUGAAAUUCAAGAAGAUUCAUUGACGUCGGGCCACAAAGAACAGGAUGCAAUGUUGGUGCCGGUCGGUGAGGACAACAGUCGAAUGGAGAUCAAAUUUGUCAAAAAUGAUAAUAGUCCUAAAGCAUCGCGUCCCGUCCAUCCGGUAAUAUUGAACGCAGUCCCAGUUUCUGCUGAAAAUAUCACAGCGAAAUCUACACCUACGACCACUUUUCUUCGACGGGUAGUAGUGAAGCGUAAAAAAGGCGUCAUUCAAGAAACUCCUUCCCAGGUGAAGAUCCUGAAAAUUCAAAAACUAGAAUCACCAACUGCUUCCAAAUCCGUAUCCAUUUUAAAAGAUACGGAAUCGGCCCCGCAGCCACAGCAGGAAGAAUGCAUUGAUAUCGAGGAUCCUCAGCCAACAGUCUGUGUGAUUCCCACUUCGUCGACGGAUGUUGGUCCGGAGGUUCCAGCACCGGCCCCGGCCACCGUUGUUCAAAUUCAAGAAGUACCUACUCCAUUUACGGAUCCCAUUUAUUUGGAAAAGGUCGAUAAGAACACAGCUCAGAUAGAGGACUUGAAAAAGCUUUUGACGGAUGUGUUAAAUCGACCAGUUCCCAGUCCAAAAGUUAUAAAGGUACCGGUUCCAACUUUGGUACCGACUCCGUCCACGCCUUCAGCAGGGGACUGUUGCGAUCCGAAGGCUGCAGAGAAAGGUCCACACAUGAACAAGGUGCAACUGUUUAACGGUAUCAAGCGAUACCUAAAUCCGAUGAUGGUGGCCUUGCUGCGGAUGGAAAUGUUUGGUGGACCGUCCGCACGCCAGUGGAAACCUGACGAGAAAACGUUCUCCGUAGAGUUGAUGGAACUGGGGGAGAAUGUUUACGAUCAUUUUACCGACGAAUUUCGCUUUCGGUUACCCGGUAAGGGUGAUGUCAAGAAAUGGAAGGAACAGGAACUGGAUGACGAUGACGCUUCAUAAAAUCUGAUGUAUGAACAGCUUGAUCGCCGACAAGUGCCAAUACUCAACUGUAAGAGGAAAAUUUAGUGAAUUAAGAAAAAUUAGACAAACACCAAAUACAACACUGCAAAAAGCCGCUACUGACACUAACUUCAUUCUAAUUAAUGGUAAGCU